AGGACUUCAACAUGACGGUCCGAUACUUGAAAAGCAAGUCACAACCCCCGAACUCAGCUGCGACACCUCAAGUGGACGUGAGUAGCGUUGUAAAGGGGGUAAUUGACGACGUCCGUGCCAAUGGAGAUGCAGCAGUCCGCAAGUACUCGGAGAAAUUUGACUGCUGGUCGCCAGCCUCGUUCAAACUCUCCCAAAAUGAUAUAGAUGCUGCCCUGGCGGCCUGUUCGCCCCAAACGAUUGCCGACAUCAAGGAGGUGCAGAAGAACGUUCGUGCCUUUGCGCAGGCCCAGCGAGACUCUAUUCGCGAUUUUGAGUAUGAGAUCCAGCCGGGAGUGCACCUGGGCCAGAAAAACCUUCCCAUCAACAGCGUUGGAGCGUACAUCCCCGGAGGACGCUACCCGCUGCUAGCAUCCGCCCACAUGACGAUUCUGACGGCCAAGGUGGCUGGUGUGCCUUAUGUGGUUGGCUGUACUCCCCCAAUUGCCGGCCAGAUUCCCCAUGCCACGGUGGUCGCGAUGCAUCUGGCUGGAGCCGAUGAAAUUCAUCUGCUUGGCGGCGUUCAGGCGAUCGCGGCGAUGGCGGUGGGCACAGAGACUACGGCGGGCAAUAGCGGCCAUCGGGCAAAUGCAAUUUUUGGUGUUUACUGCCGGCAGAAUGAUCCUGAGCACUAUGAAAAGUAUUUUAUUCUGAAUCUCAGAUAG